AUGAGUAUACUGGAAGCGUUUAAAAAGCAAGCCGAAAUAAAACAGUGUCCUAUAUGCUUAGAGAAUUUUCCAGCCGGAAUAAUUCGUCGUCAUUUGGAUUCAUGCUUUACGGAUUCGGGAGAUGAAGAUUGCAUGGUAACGCAGGUGCUAACUGCUGAAGAUAAAAAACGUCAAGCAUUAGAACAAUUGAUCUCUCUCGAUGACAGUUCCACCAAAGAGAACGAUGGCACUGUUGUCCUCGAUGAGCCGUGCGUAUCCUCGUCAACUGUGGACGAUGAUACUGUUUUCUCGGACGAGCCGUGCACAUCUCGAGCAAUAAAACUGAAAAGCAAUAAAAAAGCACCAAAGAAGAGAAAAUCUAGAGAAAGUCCAUCAGAAGCGGUGUCUCAUCGCAAUGAAAAUAAGCGGUCGAAGUUAUUGGAUGCAAUAAAUUUUACUAAAAAAGGUGAUUCGGGAAAUAUCGACGAAUGUGCGAAAGUCGAUUGUCCGAACAGCAAGAAUUUUUCGAUAUCAUCUACUUUCAGCAAGAUAGAUGAGGACGAUUCGCUUCAACGAUCUUCCAGCGAUUGUCAUUUUGAAGAACCCGCAUCUGUAUGUCGAAAUGUUGAUCGUUUCUUCUGCCCAUAUUCAAGCAAUUCUUCUAACAGUGAGAAAAAUGAAAUUGAUCUCGAAAUAGUUGACAAAAAUAUCCGUGAAGCCUUUAAAAUGCUCAAUGUAGAGCUACAAUUUACAAUUUCAAAAAAAGCGGAGAAUGAGGCUUUGAGUAAUCAGAUUUCUAGUGGUGACGAAAAUUCCACUGCUGUUGCUCCAUAUUAUUUAACACUUUUUCAAAGGAUCCUUAAAAAGGUUUUUGUUGAUGAAGUGGAGCGUGGAACAUGGAACAACGUAGAUUAUAGCUAUAUCUCAACAGAUCUGGGUCCACUGUUUCUCGAACUGAAUAAACUGAAGCUGGUUGAUUCAAAUAACGAUAAUCUGAACGAUCUCCAAGAAGCCAUUAACUUAUUGAGUGGACCAUCCCUAAAAAAAGUUGCUAAGCAAUUCAAAGUUAAUGUUAAUAUGACUAUAGCAAAACUUCGUUAUUCUUUAUUAAAGAUUUCUGCACAGAAAAAUGUUCUUGGAAUUUCAGUUGCUCAGAGAAUGCUUACCAUAAUUCGAGAAGAGCUUGGUUUAUACUAUCGAAUAAACAGGGAUGUGUCGCUUUUCUUCGAUGCAGUUUUCACCCUUUUUUCACCCUGCGAUAUGGAUUCAUCUCUUUUAUUGGAUCAGCCAUCGCUGAAUCUAAAUUCUCAAUUGCUAUUUUUGCUGUUACAAUCAGCAACAAAUAAAGUGCGUUUUCCUGCUCCUGCAUCACCACAGCUAAUUGAUAUUUUCAACAAUAAAAAUCAACUUUACAGAUAUGUGAAAGCGAAAGAAUUGGAGGCUGCCAUUUCUUAUUUAAUUAAUAGGGAUCAGUGGGUUUCUGUGAUAGAUUUGGGAGACCGAGCUCGCCAGAAAUUUUGCGAAGAUUUUUUAAAAUAUAGGUGUAUAUCUCAUGGCGUAAAUGCGUUGCAGAGAAUGCGUGAUUAUGAGAAAGCUGUUGAUUGGUUGCGGGAAUUACUCUUCAAUGACCAUUACAAAUUUUUUGUGCCCAGCAUUCGCGGUGCUUGGUGGGAUCGUUUAGCAUUGAAUUUGAAUUUCCAUCUAAAACAAAAUGAUGAGGUUUUAAAUAUCAUUACCUUAGGGGUGAAUGAUACUACUCUUGGAGAAAAAGAUCUUCUUCUGUUACAGGAUAGAGGAGAAAAGUUGAAUGCUUCAUGGAAGGGGCCACUGAAAUUGGAACCUUUAGAAAAAGUCGAUAUUGAAGGCAUAGUGCUCAGCAAAAAUUUAGGUGAUUCACAGGCUUAUCGUUUCAUCAUCAGCAGCGAAAAUACAUGGCGUGAAUGUUCUGUCGAAGAAAUUGCUCUCAGUUAUUAUUUGAAUAAAUGCGGUUACUGUACUGAAUAUGAAUGCAUUUUAGUUUUCGCGCAAUUUUGUCAGAAUUUAGGUCUUCAUUCCGAAGGCGUUAUAUGGCAUACAAUUUUCGGCUUGUUGUUUUACGAUGUAAUUUUUGAUCAAAGUGUUGAACAUGUUUGGUUCAGUGAAACCCAAAUCAAUCCUGCUGAUCUUAAUGUGAAGGGUUUCUAUGAUAUGCGUAAAAUUGGUUUCGACAAGAAGUUUUCGGAAAUUCAGCAUUUGUCUGCUGUAAAGAUUUUGGAAACUAUCAAACCAGUUUAUGAAAAACAUUAUGGUGAAACGAAUUCGGAAAUAUCGUGGGGCUGUUUCAGUGGCUUUGAGCAAAUAGAGCGUUUUAUUUCCUGUUGCAAACCAGAAAUGCUAGUUGCUGUGUUCAAGCGUUUGGCCAUGGACUAUAGAAAUUGUCGAAGUGGAUUUCCUGAUUUGACACUUUGGAAUGCUGAUUGUUUCAGAUUGGCUGUUGUUGAAGUGAAAGGCCCAAAUGAUAAGUUGUCUACAAAACAGAGACUUUGGCUUGAUUAUUUUAGUCGCAUAGGUGUAACUGCCCAAGUCUGUCAUGUAGCAGGUAAAUUUUAUUAA